AUGUCAGGCUUCAAGAAAAGGACAGCGGAAGAAGAAGAACACAUGAAAAGAGUGGUGUGUGGUCGGUGCGGUAAGGUGCUUCAUGUACAGUGGAGUGGGGGUGUGGUAGGUGCACGCAUGCAAGGGAAUGGAGUGGGGAUGCAGUACAGUGAAGGAUGUGGUAUGUGCGGUGAUGGGAGUGAUAUACAAUGGAGUGUUCGUGGCAGCGAGGAUAAUAACUUCAUUGCGGAAGCUGCUGCUCUGGCUCGUUGCGAGGCGGCGUCACCACGCAACAUCCCAAUGAGAAUCAAACAGAAGACUGUGCAAACGAUAUCUAUGGCGGUGAAUCCCAUUAAUAUUGUCAAAAUAUUAGAACUAAGUUUUGGCACGCUGACUAUGGAAACCCAGUUUCCAGGAUUUGGGAAUACGUGCAUCUUACUUUCUUCUCCCAAGGAUCAAAUUAUCUGCUUUGCUGCCACUUCUUCUGUGGCAAAAAACCUAAUGAGUUUGAAUACUCUGGUCUUUGUGUGGAUACCACAAUCCAAAGAAAACACUCCUCUAGAGAAAACCACAAAAAAGCUUAAGUGCUUCUUUUACUCACUCUGCGCCGUCGUUGCUAGCAGCAGCAGUAGCGCCGCCACAGCCUGGGAGCUCGGCAUGGCUGGAAGCGCACUUGGACUUCUGUUGUUCUGCACUACCUGAUUGUCGAUAACUGUGUGAUUUAUCGCC